AUGUCCUUUGACCGACUCAACUCGCUCGAGGCUCAACCCCCCGGCAUGCGCCGGUCUGACGACCCGCAAUACCGUGACGAUCCUGGCUUCGAUCAUCUCGCCGAGUCCCUCUCUGAUCAACUCUUCACUUUGACAUCCAACAUUUCUCGCCUAUCUAACCAGAUUGCAUUACUGGGAACAAAACGAGACACAGAGCGCGUGCGUGAACGAGUUCAUAACCUCUUGGAAGAGACCCGAACAGGGUUCAAAGAUGUCGGAGACGGGCUGAAAAAGAUCCAGCAAUGGGAGGAUGUUAAUCCCUCUCAGAAAUGGACUCAACAAAAGCUUUCAUCUGAAUUUAAAGCAAGCCUGGACGAAUUCCAGACAGUCCAGCGUCGCGCGCUCGAGAAGCAACGUGCAUCUGCGGUUGCUGCCCGUACUGCUAUAGAAGAAGGGGAACACCCAACGGGUGAUUCCGAUGUUCAACUACAACAGCAGCAGCUGGAAGAGCAACCUCGCUUAGCAAACCAGGGCGAAGUGGAUUUUCAGGAGUCCCUCAUUAUCGAACGGGAGGCGGAGAUUCGAAACAUCGAGCAGAGUGUUGGCGAGUUGAACGAGUUGUUCCGAGAUGUCGCACACAUUGUCCAUGAGCAAGGAGGGCAGCUCGAUAUUAUCAGCGAGAACGUCGAAAACGUAACCUCUGAUACUAGAGGGGCAAAUACUGAGCUGCGCAGCGCCAGCCGAUACCAAAAGAACGCUCGUAACAAGGCAUGCUGUCUACUGAUUAUCCUAGCUGUCAUUUUGACUAUUAUUGUUCUCGCGGUUGUCCUUGGAUAG